AUGGACAAUUGGAAGUUCAGUAAGGGCGACGAUGCCGGCUCGGGCCUGCAUGCUGCUCCCAGAUCGCUGAGCUUGACCCUGAGGCCUGACACAUCAGAUACUCUCCGUGAACGCGACUGGGACCACGCAAUCGAAGCAGUGAUAAGACAAGACUAUCUAAACGCAGAAGCAGAGACACUGCCGCGCCGCGAUGUUCCCGAGCGUGUGGCAAACUCGAUACGCCUUAUUGCUACGUUCAACAGCAUACCACAGACGCCGGUGCCAGCUCUGCCGCCGAUCGCCAGAUCGCUGUCUCUUCAGUCAACGAUCAGCGACGCCGAACAAGAGUGCUUUGACUUCUUUCUACAGCGCUCUGUCCUCAAGCUGCCUGGAUUGAAUAUUCCGAAGUUCUGGCGAUCAACCUUGCUUCAGGCGAGCACUACCGAACGACCGGUCCUGCAUGCUGUGCUCGCACUGGGAUCACUACACCAGCAAGGUGCGGGCCAGGAUCUCCGUGGCCAUGAGGGACCGAAGCUGGAGACAUUCAUGCUUCGACAAUAUGCCUUGGCUUUGCGCGAGCUCGGGUACCGCCAGCGUCACGAUGUCACCGACCUGACAGCGCGUAAGAAGCCGAGCCCAAAAGAGCUUUCUGUCACAGUUAUUACUGCGGUCGUCUUCGUGUACUUCGAAUUCCUGCGUGAACACUAUACCGAUGGCUGUAAACAUCUGCAAUUCAUUCUGCAGCUGCUCAAUGAAUGUGGCAAUGACUUUGGCAUACCACCGUGCGGACCGAACUACAUGCAAAUGAGCAGCAAGCUGCUUCGGGACGACUGGAUACUCGAGCCGAUCCUGAGACUGUACAUACAGGCCAACAUGCUGGGCCAGACCGCUGUGCCUCUACCAAAAGCUUUCCAGGCUGCCGCAGUUGCGCCGCUGCCGAGUUUGUUUACGUCCCUGCAACAUGCAAGAUGGUAUCUUGAUUUGCUCACUGCAACAAUCUUACAUCUGCAGUACGAGCUUCGGGGGCGGCAUCUGAGCACUCUAGGCUACGUAGCGGAAGCCACAUCCAGCAAUGUCGAUAUACUGCACACUGCAACCAUCGUACAAUCCCAGCUGCAUGUGUGGAAGACCACUUUCGCCGCCACGAUGACUGCCAUUUCCGAUCGGGCCACGCAACGCGACCAUUUCCGCUACAUAUCCUAUGGCGGCGCCCAUCGCUUAGCAGUGAUAAUGAUCGAUGUGCUACUCAGAUCAAUCCCUUCAGAUCACCCCCCAACAUCUUCAUCCACAUCGCCCAAUUUCCAUUUCUUAAUCAAGGACCACUCAAUUCCAUCCUCAAUCGAGGAUCUUUACGACACCCACCACCACCUCUUCCACCAAAACCUCCUCACAGCCAUCACCCAAUACACCGUCUCCUCCUCCCCAACCUCCCGCCGCGCCAUCAUCGGCAUAGUCGCCACCGACCGCAAGCACGCCGAGCCUACAAUCGACCAGGGCUGGUUAUACCACCUCUUCUUCACGGCCAUCAAAUGUCGCGUCCACCGCAUCCGCCAGCACGCGUUGAGAUUGAUGCGCACGACGUGGCACAAGGAGGGAAUCUGGGAUACCGGGAUCUGCGUGAGGGUUGUGGAAGAAUGUUUGAGGUUGGAGGAGGGGGAUAUUUUCCAUCAGGGUGGAGUGUGUGAUUGUGCGUUCGAGCUCAUGCAGCCGCCUCCAGAGCCGAGGGGAAACGAUAGGGAGCUUGAUUUGGUUACGACCCCGACGUAUCGGCGGUUGGAGGAUUUGAGGGUGUGUUUGCCGUCGAGUCCGGACGCGGGAUCGGAGCUGGAUUCGAUGGGAACGCCACUGGCGAUUGAGUAUGUAAAAAGGGAUGUUUUGGGAAGGAGGGUAUGGGAGAGAAGGGAGUUUGUGAGGGUCAAGGGGAUGAGUAGGGGUGAUGAGAAGGAGAAUACGGGGCGGUGGCAGGGGCGGUGGGUUCGGAUCGCAAGGCGUGAGCUUGACCGAGCUUAA